AUGAGCCCUGAAGAAGCUAAAAUUCUUAAGUUUGACCAGGAGCGUUCUAUAGCAGAUACUAUGGCACUUAAAAGCUAUGAUGAAGAGAAUGCAAUGGAAGGGUUAAAAGCCAAGAAUACUACACAAUGGAAAAUUGCUUGCUAUAAAGCCGAAAAGAAUCUGGAAAAAUCAGUG